GUGAAAAUCAAUUGACAAUGAGAUCAAUAUUGACCAAAACAACAGUUCACAAUAUUUAGAAGCUUCUACCGCCAUUAGUAAUGUUUUAGUCAGGUGUCUAAAUUUACAACCAAUGACUCAGGGCAGAAAGGUGUGUCGACACAUGGUCGUUUGUUGUGCACAGUGAAAAGAAACAAAAAUGGCGAUAGACCGAAAAAUUUCUAUCUUCGGUUUAGCCGCGAUUGGAGUGUUGAUUUUAGGCGGAAUUCUUCAUAUUGUGGCCAUAGCCUCGCCAUACUGGCACGUGACGUCUUCCAGGUUAUAUACAGGAAACGUGUUAAGGAUAGGAAAUGCCGGUUUAUGGAUAGAAUGUAUAUCUUGGACAGGGGCCACAAAAUGUAUGUCACCCAGCAUAGCCGAUGAAGCCUGGAUGGGUGGUGCACGAGCAAUGGCCAUUCUGGGAAUGCUGACAGGAAGUGCAUCAUUGAUUCUUCUAGGGCUGUACACAUUUCUGAGAUUAGAGACCUGGAGCAGAAUCCUAAAACUGUCAUCCAUUGGAUCCAGUAUUGGUGCAGGGGUACUGAUCCUGAUAGGGGCAGUGAUCUACGGAGCCAGUGUUGCUGAUGAAAAAUAUCCACCAUCUGGGUUCGAUAUGACUUCUGGCAAAAGAAUGAUCUACUCCAUGUCAUGGGCAUUUGGACUUUCAAUAACGGGCGCCAUUUUAUGCUUCGUCAGUGCAAUACUCACAGGAUUUGCCAAGAAACCAAAACUCUGAGACUAUUUUAAAUUUAGUUAUGAUAUUGAAAUACUGUUGUUCAUUAUUGUUGAAUUAUUUGGAUUAUCAGCUUUUUUACUGUUUAUUAAAAUGUUAUAUAUUUUGUAUCUUUCUAAUUAAACAAAAACAUGCUG